AACUAAAGUACAAAAAAUAAACGAAAAUAUCGAACCAUGGGCGCACAGUUUAUUGAGUGAAAAAAUCAUUUUUGCACGGCAUUUAAUUAGUUUAUAUACUUUAGUCCGAACAAACGACGGUCAUGCAUGACGCAGACCUAGAAGCUAAUGCAGAUAGUGUUAAUUAUCUCAUUACACAAUUAUGUAGCAGACUUGCAAGUCAACAUGGCUUAAAGGAGCCUGAGUGUAGCACAGCAGUGCGCGAACUAAAGUCAAGCGCCUUUGAAAUCUUGCUGAAAAGAUCGCCAGAACCUAAUGUAUAUCCAACAACUGCUGAUACAUUGGAAUUCGAUCCUCAACGUGCUGUGGAUAUGCACAUAUUCGCCGCUAAGCUGCAUUCGCGCGCCGAUCCUAUUGUUUGCGCCCGUUAUGCGGCACUUGAAGAGCAAAUGGCAGCCAUUAGCAAUGUGCUCUACUUCACCGAGGAUAAAGGACGUGACAUGCUGCAAUUAUUGCUCUUGCUGCAGGGUGAUGUGCGCAAGGAAGAUCAAGUGCCUGUGCCCAGUCCGCCCACGCUACUUGUACCUGGUCCAUUCACCCUUUUCGCCAGCUACGAAAAUAAUAAAUACUACCCCAAACAACAAACAUGCGAUCUAUAUAACCCACAACCGCGCUUAUUCAAAGGUAUAAAGGAUAUCGAGCCGCUUGAUAACCCUUAUCUACCGAAAAAUUUGCUGGGUGAGGAACGCAAUUUAUUGGCAAAAAUUGAACAAAAAUAUGGUGCCAAGCAUACGCGUGCACCGGCCACAGCACAGGACUGCACAUUCACCGCGAUGACGCGUCGCCUGUUAGGCUCUACGGUGCGUAUAAACUUGAAUACUUUUCGUCUACUGACCGACAAUGAACCGCCACCACAAACAGUUGUCAACAUAGCGAAAAAAUCAAAGUUAAAGUUAAAAGCGUCCGACGCACAACACGCGUUGCCUGCAGUUGAAAAACAGCAAAUCUUGGAUGAAGCACCGCGUAUACUCUCCUGGAACUGGCAAAGUUUGGGUUGCCGUGGCGUGCUGCGACAACGCCCAUUCGCCAGCGAAGCAGGCGUGAUGCUCGAUCUCAAGUGUCAUCUAAUGCAUACGCGCGGACUGAGAUUUGAAACGCUUAUAAUGACCAGCACUGCAUUUCUGCGUGAUCUAAAGUCACUUACUGUAGGCAUUCAGUCGGAUAUAUUUCAGCAUGACGAGCGCAUGAUCUUCCGCAUGCACCCCUGCAUCACCGUGGAGGGUUUGCUGCCAGAGACAGUCAGCAGCUACGCAGCGAGUUUCCAGGAGGGCGGCACUUGCUAUAAACGUUUGCAGACUAUGAUACAGAAGAAGGACUAUAAGUUGAUAUUUGAAGGCUUCAUAUUUCGCGCACUAUGCAGCGCCAUAGAUGAGUAUCUACUCACCUUUCGGCAGUAUGUCUUCGCGCAGCAUGAUGAAACGCUAAUUGCGUACUAUGCGCGCAUGCGCAAAGCUAUGCGUCAAAUAAGCAAUCUGUCCUUUACGCUGGCCGUGCACACAGACGUGGACGCGCAUGUGGCGAUGCCGAUAGGCUCACAGUUUCUCGGCUAUUUGUAUCGUGAGAUCGUGCACACAACCGAAAAGGACUAUAUAAUGCUAUUGGUUUACAUAUUAAAGUCAUGCUGCCAUGUUUAUUUCAAGCAUUUGCAGAAAUGGAUCUACUACGGGCUAUUGGACGAUCCAUCCAAUGAGCUGUUCAUUUGCUUCGUGGAUCAUUAUCGUCCCGACACGAAGUACUUCUAUGAUAAAGCCUACUUUGUGCGCAAAGAAUCCGUGCCGGGCUUCUUCCAAGGCCAUGAGGAUGACAUUUUGCAAUGCGGCAAGUACACAAUGCUGCUGAAAGCUUACAAACCGAACCAUCCACUAUUCGCGCUCGACUACCCGCUCAUAUCAGUGUGCCUCACGUAUGAAGAAAUUCAGCGACUCAAGAAGAAGUGCAUCAAAUAUAGAGAGCAUGCACGCGCCGCGUGUGGCAACAGCGAUGUUAGUAUACGUCAAAUAUUUGAAGCACGUGAGGCCAAGAAACGCCAAUUUUAUCAGCGCGCAUGCCAGCGCACACGCGAGAACCUCGAAAAAUGGUCGCUGGAGCAACACGACCUCGCGUUGUUGGCUGCUGAGCAAAAGAAGCGUCGCUUGGAUGAGCUGACGUCACAAUUGCAGGAUGCGAAGCAGCGCAAAAUCGAUGAGCGUCGCGCCAAUGUUGAGCUAGAGUUGCGCUUGCUGCGUGAAACCGAAAGGCUGGAGGAGCAGCGUCUGUUACGUGAAAAUAUUAAUCUGCGCAAACGUAUCGAGUAUUAUCAGGAGCUCAGCGAUAUGAUGCGCACCGAUGCGGGCGGUAAAGUGAGCGCCAAUCAACCUACAGUAUCAAUCGAGCCACAAGCCGAACUCGCGCAACCGUCGAAAUUGAAAACGCAGAGUGAAGGCAGUGGUGAGAGCAGCGCGGCGGCACCACAGACGCCAGGCAGUGGCGGCACUGAUACCGAUUUUGAAUCCUGCUGUGGCGAGGAAGCGAAAGAUGCCGAUGCUGACGCGGAUGCCGAUUCAGCUUCAUUGUAUGCUGAAUGCUUGUCGGAAGAAUUCGUGCAGAAAUUCGCAGAAAAUGAAAACGAGCUGCACGCGAUUUGUAUUGAGCCGUCGGCUAAAUGCGUUGGUGACACCGACGCAGAUAAGACAUUGGUUACGUUGGUGGCACCGCAAGUGGCUACCUCGGAAACGAGCUUGCAUACCGCGUUGGGGUAUAGCGCGUCCCAAACAUCAACUUUACUGGCAAAUCCAUCCCAAAGCCCAUUUUUAAAGCGCAGCUCCUCCGAUGUGAUCAAUUCAAAUGAAUUGGCCACUGCUGGAGUAACGCAAAAUCCCAGCAGCACAACGGUGACAAUUUGUCCAGCCACCCGCACUGAGCCAUUGACAUCAAAUAUUAGCAGUACCACUGUCACCAUGGAACCUGCGGCUGUAGCAACUCAGAAACCUCUUUCGGAGGCACAACGCAAUAAGCUGCGCGUUCUCGCCCACGAAUUCGGCACAUACAGCACAAACACUCAACAAUCAACUCAGCCAGACAUCAACUUAAAUACCCUGCCAGAUGACGAGUUGACAGAUUUGCAGCGCAAUCGUCGACGCAUGAUGCAAAACGAUCUAUUUUCCGAGUACAAUAAGAGUCCGCUUCCCGAUCGUGCACAGCUUAACCUCAACUUAGACACGGAGCGCGCACGCAAUCGUCGACGUGUGCUCGAAAGCGAAUUUGACAUACUAACUGGGCAUACGCCUUCAACUGUUACAUUUACCGUAGAGCAGGGCACAACGCCUAUGUCCACCACCUCGGAUACACCGCUCACAGAUUGUGCCGCAGACCUACCGCCUGCUGCAGCGCAGCAAAGAGAUUUAGCUAAUGGCAAUGUUUCGUCGAAGUCCGCUUUAAAAAUCAAUGUGGAACUCGCUAAUGGGCAACAACAACAAGUAGCUGAAAAUGCGACUGCUAUGGAUGGGCUGCUCAGUUGCCAAACUGCGGAAACACAGGAAGCAGCGCUGACGCCAGAUUGCGCAUUGAAUACUGCUGGCUUGCAAGCAAAACAAGGAUUUGAUUUUGUAGACACCGCUCGUGUAAAGAAACAUCAACAGGCAGUCACCGUAGAGGCGACUAUGCAGCCGGACUCCAUGUCCAAUUCCUCCAGCGCUGACGAAACGGAGGAAGUAGCCAUUCCAGUACAAGACUAUAAUGAUCCCUACAAACGUAGCAGGGAGUUGCUAGAGAGUAAUUUUACCUGCGCGACACGCAGUCCUUAUAUUCGCUUGAAUAUGAGCAAAACGCCAAUGAUCGUGGCGGCCAAGAAGUCGCGUGAGUCGUUGCAGCAAUUGAAAGUAAACAGUAUGAGUGUCAUUACGUUAACAGAAUUUCUGCAAAAAUCCGUAAUUUUGCCGAUGACCACGCAUCUCGGCUUGGUGAAUAACGAAGUAAUGCGUCUAUUUCUCGAAGAGUUGCAUAUCUUGGAUCAUCUGCGUAGCUUAAGGCAUUAUUUCUUUCUCAUGGACGGCGAGUUCGGCUCCAUAAUUUGUGAUGGCAUUAUCGGUAAAUUGGAGAGUGGCGCAACCCCAACGAAGCUACUUAACUAUCAGAUGCUGCAUUCGAUACUCGACACAGCGCUCAGCUCAAGCAUAACAGGCAAUGACAAAAACGCUGAGAAUCUCUCCUUCACCAUAAACGAUGUCCCGCAGAAAUUCGACCUCGCCAAUCCGGGCGUGCUGAAUGUGCUUAGUCUCAGCUAUCGUAUCGAGUGGCCACUGAAUCUCAUACUCAAUCCUGAAACACUGGAACAGUACGGCAACAUUUUCAAAUAUCUGCUGAAAGUGCGUCGCAUCAGUUGGGUGCUGGAGCGUGCAUAUCAAAUACUCAAGGAGGCGUUGAAAAAGCACGGCAAACAACUGUUACAGUCGCCACAAUAUCGUCAUGUGCAGCUGAUACGCCACAAAUUCUAUCAUUUCGUUCAUGCGCUGCAAAAUCACAUAACCGCGAACGCGUUGCAGGCCUCUUGGAAGACAUUCAAAGACGAUCUGCUGCAGGCCAAGUCCAUUGAAGAUAUCUAUCGUAAGCACACAACCUAUGUGAAGCGCAUAAACUUCCUGUGCAUGCUAAAUCGACAUAGUGCGGAGUUCAACAACACCAUUGAAAAUAUAUUCAAGAUAUCAUUGCGUUUCUACAACAAUCUUAAGUCGCGCGAGUUCAAGCAGCGCAGCGGCGAUGAGCACUACACACAUUCACGCUACGACAAGCUGUCCAAUGACGAGCAAGAGUUCGACAAAGUAAUUAAAUUCACCAUAUACCUGGGCACCAAGAUUGUUCGUCACGGUUAUCAGGAGGAGAUUGGACAACUGAUUGCCUUGAUUAAUGUGAAUCAGUACUACAGCGCAAGCACGAUACCGUAACGCUUUAAAAUCAAUUAGCUUUAUAUAUCCACCCACUGAAGUUUUGUC